AUAGUACUGAGCACUGGCUCUUCGGAAUAUAUUCAUUAAUAAAUUAAAUUAAAAUGCCGCUGUUCGGGGCAAAGAAAACAACACGCGGGAGCACAACAUCGACAGUUGUGCGUAAAUCUCGCAAUUCUGCACGUGCUGCCAGUGAUAAGUCUUUGCCCGGCUCUUCGCCUGCUGGUCAAAAAGGAGCUUCGCCUCGUAACAGUGUAACGGGAGCUGUAUCUGAUACUGAUUCGGAUGAUGACACUGUCAAGAAUCCAGAAGCAUUGCCAGCCACAGAUGUGACCAUUUAUAAUGAAUAUCAUAUGGGACCUGCAUUUGGCUGCAAGUUUCCUUUGCCAUUUAUACGUUUUAUGAUCGACCGUUUGAUUAGUCAAAAGCUUCGAGGUAAGACAUAUCAGCCUGGGGAUGCCGUUAAGUGGGUGCGUGAAGUGGCUGAUGAAGUCAAUUUGAAAAUGGAGGGCUUGUGCCGUCAACCGCGCUAUAAGCAUGUAAUCCAGGUUAUUGUUUAUCAGCAAAACGGAGCUGGUUUCUUCUGUGGCGCCCGUGCUAUUUGGGAUAAACUAGCUGAUGAUCAAGCAAGCUGUACCUUUGAUGGUGGCACUUUUAUGUGCAUUGUUAUGAUUUUUGGAAUUUACCAAUAUUGAAUUGUUUAAUGGCAAUAAAUAAAUAAUGCUAAAAUGAGCAAAAAAAGAAAAAAAAAAAAACAA